UCGUGGUGCGCGGCUCUUGCGGUUGUCCAUUCCCGCACGGACGUCCACGCCGGCGGGACGUUCGCGAACCAUAGACAACUUUCAGAAACACGUAACUUACGUGAACCAUAGAGUUAACUGGGUUAGGUUUUGAGGGGUAUUGGGAUUAGAUCUGUGUUGUCAGUGUUGUGAUAUGGAAGGCGAGUGUGUUGGCGGGUUCGGGCGCUGGCAGGUGAGGCUGGCGACGCUGCUGGCGCUCCCGGUGCUGCUCACAGGACUCUACGGGACUAAUUACGUCUUUUUAGCUGCCAGUACACCCUAUAGAUGCCACAUACCAGAAUGCGAAGACAACGGAACGUUAGAGGCUGUCUCUCCAAGCAGCUGGUCUCCGGGUUGGGCGAACUUUGCGCUGCCGGCCGACGACGCUUGCUCCCGCCAUACUGCGGUCGACAAUGCCUGCGAGCAGGACUCCUUCGACAACACUUCCAGCGUAGUGUGUGAUAGCUUCGUGUAUCUGGAGCACAGGAGUAUCGUUGCUGAGUUUAACUUGGCAUGCCAGGAGGGCAAGCGCGCGCUGGUGGGAACAGUGCACAACGUGGGCAUGCUGGUCUCGCUGCCUAUCAUGGGCUACAUCUCCGACAAAUGGGGCCGACGGGCAGCGUUAGUAGUUAGCGGAACAGGCGCUGGUCUACUCGGUCUCUGCAAAUCUUUCGCCGGCUCGUACACUGCAUACAUCCUGGCCGAGUUCCUGGAGACGGUGCUGGGCGCGAGCGUCUAUCCCGCAGCCUUCGUACUCAUGAUCGAGUGGCUGGGAGUAGAACAGCGGAUCCUGGCGAGUCUUCUCCUUGGAAUACCACUAUCUGCUGGCGCGGCGACCUUGGCUCUACUCGACUACUUGACCGGCUACUGGCGGCUGUGGGCGCGCGUGGCGUAUCCUCCGUCCUUCCUUCUUCUCCUGUACCCUUGGUUGCUGCCGGAGAGCGUGCGAUGGUUGGUCGCCAACAACAAGCUACCUCAAGCGGCCAGGGUCAUCAAGCAGGCCGCGAGGUGGAACAGGGUGGCGGUGCCCGAAGACGCUAUUGACAAAAUGCUCGCUACGCAGUCCGAACCAGUGGUGGAUAAGACUGAAGUCGAAGAUGAUGAAGAAGAGAGCUUAUUUAGAGCUUUUAUGAAAUAUGGCGAGCUGCGUCGCCGGCUGCUGACGUGCUUUGUGUGGUGGGCGUCUGCGGUGUUCGUGUUCUACGGGCUGGCGGUGCGCGCGCACGCGCUGGCGGGCAGCCCGCACGGCAACUACGCGCUGCUGGCGGCGGCGGAGCUGCCCGCGCUGCUGCUCAACACGCUGCUGCUGGACCGCGCCGGCCGCCGCCCGCUGCUCACCGCCGCGCUGCUGCUCACCGCGCUCGCGCUCGUCGCCAUACCGCUCCUGCCCGACUCGGAGGGUGUGUACGGCACGGCGCUGUUCCUGGCGGGCAAGGUGGGCGCGACGAUGGCGCUGAACGCGCUGUACGUGUACACGGCGGAGCUGUUCCCGACGCGCGCGCGCCAGCGCCUGCUGGCCGCUUGCUCCACCUGCGGCCGCCUCGGCGCCAUACUCGCCCCCCUCACGCCGCUGCUGGCUGUGUACGGUACGUGGGUGCCGCCGACACUACUGGGCGUGCUACCGCUGGCGAGCGCGGCGCUAACACGACUGGUGCCGGAGACGCUCGGCCGCAGACUGCCGGAUCGCUUCCGCGACCUUCAACAACAACAGGACUCCCUCGCGUAACCCCCCCUCCCCCUGAUCUCAACACCCCUUUACCAUUAUAUUAGGUUAGGUUACAACUCGUAAACAGCUGCACUCAAAUAUUUUAAUAAUUAAAAAUCUUACUAGAUUGUCACUAAGCGGCUCUUAGUUAAGUAAAAAUAACCAAUCUUCGAAGGAAUUGUAUUUCCUAAUAACUUAGUAUAACGAUAAGUUAUAACAUUGUUAAGUACAAAUAAGAUUUAGUUUAGUCUAGUUUAGUUAAGUUUUCUUGAAUUGUAUUUACAAUACAGUAACGUUUUAUUUUGAAAUCUAAAUGUAACACAAUAGUACAAUAAUUUGUAUAAAUAUGAAAUAACACGAAAAUUUGUAAGACAUUGUAUAUUAUUAGAUUUUCUCGGUGCUAAUUUAUGUAAGAAUGGUUUGUGCCUUUUUAUGUAAAAAAAUAUAUUAAAAGAGAGCAAAAUAGCUUAUCUACAAUAUACCUUAUUAAGGUAAUCUC